UUUGACAUAAGCAGUCGCGAUUUGCCUGCACACGUCUUGUAAAUUGUGCGUUUUUGUCAAAGUUUUCACGGUUUUUUAAUUACAUAUUUCGUUUACAAACACCACCAACAUCAUGGAUCAUGAAAGCAGGCAAUUGGCUCAAGAUUUCUUCCUUCGGGAGCCGGCAGACCCUCGAAUACGGAAGGCUAAAGUGGAAACUCAGGAAGAAGAUCCUCAUCCACACCUUCGGGUGGAGAUGCAAACUGUCCGUCUGAACUCUGAUUCUCAGAAACUUGUGUUGGACACAUUGCGGUUCAUUCAUGGCCCUGACUUUAAACUUGGGAGCGCCAGUCUUUAUAAAGACAAAGGCUCAAACUUAGGCAAUAGAUACUGGAUGGAGCGAGGUAACCUCAUAGUACAAGGUGGCUGUGACUACUCACUGACAGUUAAGCCUGAAAUAGAGACUUCAGAGGCCAGGCUGAGGGCAUUUGCACUAGCUAAGUUGGAAAGAUACAAUUUCCAUAAAGCCCACUGUGCAGAAGCAUUAGAAGUGGCCGCUGAGAAUAUAGAAAAAGCGCUUGAAAUACUCUUCCUCAAAUAUUUUAAAGUAGACUUUCAAGACAAACCAGAAAGUGUACCCACUGUAGGCGAAUUGCUAGAAAUGAGGAAUGAUGAAAAAGCUGUUCUCGAAUCAAUUUAUGAUAACACCUUUCAAACAAAAGAUCAUAACAUAUGGAUAGUCAAAUUGAACCUAGAUUACCUUACAAAAAUGUACGAAAAAGUUGAUGUUCCUAAGAAGAAAGUUAACAUAAAUUACAACCAUAAUUCAAAAGCAAAACAGAAAGAAGUAUGUAAACUGUAUCUAAAAGGGCCGUGUAGGUUUGGAGCUAAAUGCAAGUUCUUACACGAAUCGAAAGAAGAAAAAACUCCAGACCGCUUAGACACUAAAGAAAAUACAAAAAUUACUUAUGAACUAGAAGUAAGGUUUCCGGAAGACACUGUCUACCCAUACCAACCUCCUUUAAUAUUUUUCAAAACAGAAAAUAAGACUAGUGUAAUACCAGAGCUUACUUGUCUAAAAGUAACUCUAAGGCUCUUAGAUGAAGCGAAAAACCUAGCCCAGGACGGUAUACCCAGUAUAUACUCAUUAGUUGAACUUUUAAACAAUGAAGAUGAGAUAUUAAACUUUAUACAAUUUGAUACAAGAACGUUCCCCGCUCCAUCGGAUGCCUUAUUCCCUCAAUUGAUAGAAGAUUCUAGUAUAAGUAAAAAGAACUUACCGUCACAUUACAAGAAAGGUGAAAAUAAGGACAAUAGGUCAAAUAUUAAUUAUGAAGAGUUGUUCAAGGAUGAUAAGGAGAUUGCUAAACGGUGGUUAGAGAAGAGAGACAAUGAUAUGUACAAUAGAAUGAUGUCGGGCAGAAGAAAACUUCCCGCUUGGAAAAAGAAGAAUGAAAUAUUGAAUACCAUAAAGAAAUCACAGGUAGUAGUAAUAAGUGGUGAAACCGGCUGCGGCAAGAGUACGCAAGUACCACAGUACAUACUAGACAACUGGUUGGAAAACUUCGACAAAGAUGGCGGCGACCACGUUGAGAUCAUAUGUACUCAGCCUAGAAGGAUAUCAGCUAUUGGUGUCGCUGACAGGGUUGCUGAAGAAAGGGUGGAGAAGACUGGACAAGUUGUUGGGUAUCAGAUAAGACUCGAAAGCAAAGUUUCGUCCAAAACCCGUCUUACAUUUUGUACAACUGGUAUUUUACUACGAAGGCUAGAAUACGACCCGCAACUAAAAUCCGUCACCCACAUAUUAGUAGAUGAAGUUCACGAAAGAUCUGAAGAGAGUGACUUCUUACUGCUUAUAUUGAGGGAUCUUAUCAAAGUCAGGAAAGACUUGACGGUCAUACUGAUGAGUGCUACGUUGAAUGCCGAUCUCUUCUCGGAUUACUUUGACAAAGUUCCUGUUUUAGAAAUACCGGGUAGAACAUUCCCAGUGGAACAACUGUUUCUAGAAGAUAUCAUGGAGAUGACCAAUUACGUUUUAGAAGAGAAUGGUCCAUACGCCAGGAAACUAAAGAAAGGAGACCGCAAACAAGACUUGGAAACGGAACUAGAGACAUGUGACGUCAGAGCCGACGCUAACGAGCCUCCUAAAGUGUCGAUACGCGACGACAAUCUUAACAUCGGACAAAUGGUCGCGCGAUACCCAAAGUGCAGCAAGGUUACCUGCAAGAAUAUGUACCUUAUGGAUACUGAGAAGAUAAACUUAGAACUCGUAGAACACGUGCUAACAUACAUAGUGAAGGGUGAUCACCAGUGGCCGCGAGAGGGCGCCAUAUUGGUGUUCUUACCCGGUAUAGCAGAGAUCAUGUCGUUACAUGACCAACUGGCGGAAAGUCAUACUUUUAGCCCUAAAACCGGCAAGUACCUCCUGGUGCCACUCCACUCGACACUCUCAAGCGAGGAACAAGCGCUAGUAUUCAGGAAGCCUCGACCGGGCGUCCGUAAGAUCGUGCUGUCCACUAACAUCGCUGAGACUUCUGUCACUAUCGACGACUGUGUGUUUGUGGUGGAUUGUGGCAGAAUGAAGGAGAAAAGAUUCGAUUCAAACCGCAACAUGGAAUCUUUAGACCUCGUCUGGGUGUCCCGGGCCAACGCCAAACAACGCAAGGGACGAGCCGGCCGCGUGAUGCCGGGAGUCUGUGUACACUUGUACACUUCACAUAGAUACAACCAUCAUAUACUGGAACAACCCGUCCCUGAGAUACAUAGAGUGCCUUUAGAACAAUUGGUCUUGAAGAUUAAGAUUCUGCCGCUCUUUCAGGAUAUGAGCAUACAUGAAGUAUUAGGCAAAACAGUAGAACCGCCAACUAAACAGAACAUAGAUGGCGCUCUCUCCCGCCUACAAGACGUCGGCGCGUUAGACAAGGCAUACACUCUGACGGCGCUGGGGAAACACCUCGCGGCCUUGCCCGUGGACGUCAGAAUAGGCAAACUUAUGCUGUUCGGGGCAAUAUUCUGCUGUGUGGAUUCUGCAUUGACAAUGGCAGCGUUUUUGAGCCAUAAAAGUCCUUUUGUUGCACCGUUUGGGAAGAAGACAGAAGCAGAUGCGAAAAGACGAGAAUUCGCAUGCUCCCAAAGUGAUCAGCUUACAACUUUAAGGGCAUACAGGAAAUGGCAACAAGCAAUGAAAAGCAGUACCCACGCGGCGCUAGUGUUCGCGAACGAGAACUUUCUGUCACACAAGACGUUACUCAUGUUGGCGGAUAUCAAACAUCAGCUGUUAGGCUUACUGGCUUCUAUAGGGUUCGUGCCCGACAUGCCGGCGCUGAGGAAGAAGAUGAGGAAGGAUUCCGUGGCUAGCCUUACUGGGGAUGAGUUAAACACAAAUGGGAAUAACGACAAAUUACUGGCAGCCAUUUUGUGUGCAGCUUUAUACCCAAACGUUGUCAAGGUACUAACCCCCGAAAAAUCCUUCCACAUGCAAGCCGGUGGCGCUAUACCCCGCCAACCUACACCCGACGAGCUAAAAUUCAAGACCAAAACGGAUGGCUACGUAGCCUUACACCCGUCUUCAGUGAAUUCUUCUGUAGGGUACUUUACGAGCCCCUAUCUAGUGUAUCAGGAGAAAGUGAAGACUAGUAGAGUGUUUAUAAGAGAGUGCUCUAUGGUGCCUCAGUUGCCGCUCGUUUUGUUUUCUGGGUGCAGUUUAUCGGUGGAACUCCAUAGUGGUACAUUUAUAGUAUCUUUAGAAGAUGGUUGGAUUAUGUUCCAGGUGGAAAAACACGAAGUUGCAGAAAUGCUAAAAACGAUACGAGUUGAACUAAUAAACUUAUUGGAAGAGAAAAUCAACGACCCCAGUUUGAACCUACUCCACUACGAGAAAGGUAACCGAAUAAUAAAGACUAUAGUGCAAAUUGUUACUAAGGACUAAUUAGUUAAAACAAAGCGAUCUGUUGUAUUACAACUAAUUUAUGAAUUUAAUACAGGUGCAAUUGAAUUUUGUAAUUCAUUUAUUUAUUUAUUUUCGAUAUAUUGUGACAGGUGCUAAACUGUAUAUGGCUGUCUGCCUACGUCCGAUAAAUCGGUGACCGAUUUUUUGUAGGAGCAAAUAAAACACACUAGUAGCAAUAGUGCAACGCACGCGUCCUGCAAGAAGGUCGUCAGAAAAUCUUUGUCAGAAAGUCCCACAAAAAAUCAGUCCGAUUAUUUAUCUGUCCUACGAAAAGUCUGACGUGGGCGGGCAGUCUAACAAUUGUGGUUUGAUUGUUGUUUUGAUGUUUGUGGAUAUUUGGGCAACCUUUUAACUGUAUAAUGCACUACUUCACUACCUUUAUAAACGAGAAAAUAAGUAUGUUAUUGAAAUGAAAUAACUUCAGUGAAAAUUGUAUCAAAAUUAAUUAAUCAAUUAUAUUAAUGAUAGACCAAUCUUUUAUAUAUUCAUCUAAUAAAUUAGUAUAAUAUAAAUAGUAUGAUAAAAAUGACCUCUAUAUUUAUACACUGGACAGGCUGCUGUCAACGUGCUUUUGUGCCCGUUUGAUAACCGCCAUUUUGGCGCUGUUAGACGUAGCAAGUGUCCGUGGUACUAAAAUUAUUUUACAGUGAACCAAUGAACAAACACUUCUCUUACAGCCAUUUGAAAUUAUACGUCAAAAUUAGUUCUGUGGACGCUCGCUUAGACGAUAUUGGCGCUUCAAAUGGGCACAAAAAAAUUGCUGUCAAACGUACGGAACAGCCUGUCCAGUGGUAUAUAUAGAGGUCAGUGGAUAAAACACAUAUUCCUACUUUGCGUGGAGCAGUCGAGCGACAACUGGUAUUAUUGUAAACAGCGCCAUCUAUUAUUAUUAUACUGAACUAAAGAAUACAACCACGUUGUUAAUUUUGUAACGUGUUACUAGGUGGCGCUAAAAUUAGUGAAAGCUUAUGAAGUGAAUUUUCGGUGCAAUUUUAAUGAUUUUUUGGCAUAAAAAAAUUAUGAUGUAAAUAAAUGAUAUUCUAGUUAUGAAAUUCCUACUUAACAUGUAAACAUUUUACUGCCAUCCAAAGCCUGAAACUUUGAGAUUGUAAUGACAUUUCAAUAUAUUUAUUCUUUUUGAUAUUUGUAAUGAAUUAAACGAGCCAUUUUUGGCUCCUUGAAUAGUUAAAACAAAUAGGGGUACCUGAUUUAUUUAUUGUACACUUGAUCAAGAUCUCUGAUGAAUUUAAUACCUAUGAGAAAAGUAUGUGUUUAUAAAUUAAGUUCUGUGAUGAUUAUAAGGGCCUCGUAUUCAAUACACUUAAGAUCCACACUUCAUCAAUCGUUUGAGACCAUAACACUAGUAGCGGGAAAAGUUAGAAACAGUGGUAGGUUAGGUAGAAUCAUCGGCUCGAAUGUUGAGCGCUGACCUUCACCUGCGCAGAAGUGAUUUAUUAGCAAAUAACCAAUCCCGAGUGACGGCUAUGACGCGAUGCGCUGCGGGCCAAUCAUCGCUUUAGCCCGCCCCCGCGCCUCACUUCAUACCACAAAAGGGACCCAAUAAAUUACUUCUGCGCAGGUGAAGGUCAGCGCUCAAGAUUCGUGCCGAUGAUUAUAUGUUCAUAAUUAUUUAUUCUUUGUAAAUGAAUUAAUAAAAUGCACUAUUGCACAUUCGAUUGGUAUUCUGCACUGCUUGCUUGUGAUGGUUAAUUUGACAUUGCUUGCUUGGGAAUCCUACAGAUAGAUGUAAAAUGUGUGAUAUUAUUACCAAUUAAGUUUGUUCCCAACUAUUGUCCGUCUUCAGACACAAAACUUACCAGACAGAUACAUUUACAUAUUACGCUGGGUUUCAUCUGGAUGGAAUCUAACGUCUAGGGCAACAGUUCUAUAAUUUCAAAACAAUAGUUACUUCAUAUACAAAUACUACAUAUAGGUACCAAGAGGAAAUAUUUUCUGAAAUAAAAACGUGCAAUUUCUUAUAGAAAGUUGAUCUGUAAAAUUGUCUUAGAUAAAGCUGGGAAAUAGUAUUGCAUGUAUUCAAAUUCACAAUGUAUUAAAAUGGAAUCUUAUACACCGACAAUAACCAUUAAUUUAUAAUAUAAGUAGACGAAUUGUAAUUUAUUAUCAGAAUUGUGUAAAUAAAUUAUUAUUUUGUUGAAA